AUGUCCACUAAUAAAUCCAAAACUACAUCCCAAUUACUCAAGUCCAAGAGCCCCGCGCCGGAUGCCACUGAUAAAAGAUCUCAAAAGAAGAAAUUAGUCAACCUACAAGACAUAGACUCAAUUUUGAGCCAACUUGAAACAGAAAGUUCCCAAACAGAUAGUAAAAUCAAAAGAGUUUGCAACUGUAUGGCCAGAAGACAUCCUCUAUUUGAAUUUGCCCCAAAUUGUUUGAAUUGUGGAAAAAUUAUUUGCACAAAGGAAGGACUACAACCAUGUUCAUUUUGUGGUUCCGAUAUAAUUCCACCAAAAGAUCGAGAUGCCAUUAUAAAAUUGUUGGAAAAAGAGAAGGAGGAAUUAGUUACCAAGAGACAGGAGCUGAAUACUCUGUCUCUACAGAAAACAAAAAAGAAAAUUGUUGUCAAAAUGAAUGCUGGUGAGAAAUUCUGGGAUGCACAAGACCGGGCAUUCAAGUUGGCCGAAAAGGAAUUGCAAAGCAAGAAAAAUAUGGGCGCCGUGGCUGAAAAUGCAUCCGAAAGCAAAGAGACCAAAGAUCGAGAUUUACAGAAAGCAAAGGAGCGUUUGGAAACUUUGUUAGAUUAUCAGGCCACAGGUGAAGAGAGAACAAAAAUUAUAGAUAAUGCAUCUGAUUUCGAAAUGCCGUCCCAGUCGCUAUGGUUAACUCCUGAGGAAAGAGCCCUAAAUUUAAAGAAACAGCAAAGAUUAAUGAGAGAAAACUUAGUGAAUACGGAGAGAAAAUUACGUGGGGAAAAGACUGUUGAAAUGACUAUCAAAGAUGGGAAAGUGACUAUGGUGGAGAAAUAUGUUACCCAUACUGAAGGCACGUCUCAAGAAGAGAAUGAGUUAGAAAAGUCGAUUAAGGAGAAAAAGGUGCAAUCACAAACUAGCAUUCUGGUCUGGGACUAUGAAAUGGACAAAUCAAAAUGGGAGAAACCCAUAUACUUUGCCAGCAAAGACAUACCUCAAGUUGACAAGAGUGAAUUGAAAAUUACAAAAAAUAGAGUACAAUUUCCAAAAGAAGAUGCAUCCGAAGUGAUUGCAACGGUAAUUAACUAG